AUGUGCAAACGGACGAGAAAACAACACCGCUACAUUUUGCCGCGCGAUAUCGGCGGUCAACUGACAAGCCGGUGCUCCCAUGCCACCCAAAGGAAGCACGAGGUCUUGGAGACUGCCAGGUUGCCCCAGCCUAGACAGGGGAAGUCGAGAAGCAGAGGUCGGGUUCGAACCGCAAACCUUCCGUUGGAAUUUCCGGGUUCCACACCGAAUCACCAAACAAACAAAUGGCAUCAGAUUGAACAGUCACAACGUGAGGAGAACAGAUCGAUUUCGGUGAAUUUGAGUGGCGAAUCUUUUGAAAAUGUCAAUGUUCAAUUUUGGGAAACAGGUCAGGCACCAUCGGAACGUCUUUUACUGAACCAAGUGGUGACGAGUCCCGUUCGUGCUCGACCGAGGGAACCUUUUGAUCCCGUGAUUCACUAUUUGGUCACCCACGGAGCUGAGUUGAACGGGCAGGAUGCGAAUGGCUGGACUGCUCUACACUACGCUGCCAUUCGUGGGAACCAAGUUGCCACGCGACAAUUGGUUCGAGAACCUGGAAUCAAUAUUGAGAAAGCUUCUUCAGGCCAAGUAACUAAGUUACGAGUAAUUUUCACCGCCUCGGCUAUCAGCCGCUGUGGCGUGAAUCGCAGUCCCCGUCUUAAAACUUCCACAUUCUCCAGAUCUAUCCUACAUCCUGUGUCUAAGGCAUGUACCGCCAUCGCUGAGUCUUUGACCAGCGUUUGGUAUUCUUCUGCACUCCUUGGUGGUUUGUUAAUCCUUCUUUUAUGCUCACUGAUUCUGCUCGAAGAUCACGACCUCAUGCGAGCAAUUCAUUUGGCCUCGUUGCACAACGAACUGGAGAUCGUUCGGGAACUCCUGACGGUCAAUGCUGAUCCACUUGCGAUGACGCAAGCAAGAUGCACACCGAAAAACGAAUGUGCUGCACCAGGCCGCUUCCUGUUUCAGUUGCUACGAUAUUCGAGACAUUGCGAUACAUGUAUUGACGUUGCUGAAAACUCUUCGACAGCCCACGGCCGGUUUCGCUUUUCUUGGGUCUCAUCAGGUAGGCGCAGUCCCCGAGUUUCCGUCAACCUUAUGUUCUACUUGAACCCAAAUUGGACCGUUUUCGAGAAAUACACUCAUUUGCAAAUCAGUUCGGUUUUCACGAGAAACUCAACUGAAUCCCUCGUCUAUGAUCUUCACUUCGCCUGUGCUACAGGUAACCUGCAGCUUGUUGAGUUGAUUCUGGAAGCAGCGUUGUCCAAGGUGAACAGCCCAGUAUCGCCGCUCAACAUACUAAAUCGAGAUGGGGAGUCACCGUUGCAUUGGGCCGUUGCCAAUGGAUACUCAGAGGUUGCCCAGUUCUGCAUACAACACGCCCACGAGCGGUUUCGCCCUGCUUGGGGCUCAUUAGGUGGGCGCAGUCCCCUAGUUUCCAUCAACCUUAUGUUCUGCGUGAACUCAAAUUGCAUAUAUGAGCAAAAUACACUCAUUUGCAAGCAAGUUUGGCUUUUCGAGAGACUCACUUUGAACCUAGCCCUUGUUUGUGAUGUUUCCAGGCAACUGAAUGUGCUGCACCAGGCCACCUCAUGCAUCAGUCGCUACGAUAUUCGAGAUGUCACGACACAUCACAUUCAUUCGUCUGGAAACAUUACAAACGAGGUUCCAGGUGCCAACGCGAACCUUACUCCAGAGACUGAGGAAACAUGUUUGCACAUGGCUGCGCGUGUUGGUAGUCUGAGUACAACGCGGCUGCUUCUGUCGGUUGGUGUCCAAAUAGAUGCAGAGGACUUGCUACUUCAAACAGCGCUGCACAAGGCGUCGGAGCGCAAUAACGUGGAAGUAAUGAAAUUACUGCUUAAAAAUGGCAGCGAUUUGGAGAAUCAGGAUCAUGAUGCCUACACACCUCUACUUUUGGCCGCUGCAAAGGGAAACGUUGAAGUGACACAAAUUCUUAUCGAGGCUGGAGCAAAUAUCAUGGCUCAGGAGAAAACCGCGAAGGGAAUUGUCUACUUGUGUGCUGAGACCAACGAAGUGGAUGUACUGAGGCUCAUCUUGAACCAUCCGAAAGCCAAAGAGUUGAUUGAAUUGCCCAACAUUUACGAUGACACGCCGCUCCACAUUGCCGCGAAAAACGGGCAUUCGGAAAUUGUUAAGGUAACUUUUGUAAGGAUUACUAUUAUUCUAAACAAAUCUUUCAACUGUAACACCCUUCAAGUGCCUAGCUGCCAUGCCACCCGAAGGAAGCACGAGGGCUGGGAUACUCUCAGGUUGCCCAAGCCUAGACAGGGGAAAUCGAGAGGCAGAUGCCGGGUUCGAACCGCGAACCCUCUGACCAUUGGUCCAAUACUGAAGCACGCGGUCUGUCUUUGGUAUGAGGCUGCGACGCGCCGCAUAUUGCGGAGGCGUUGUCUGACCUUGGCCAACGCCGACUCGCGCUGUCUGGGUUCGACGCAAGGCUGCGAAGUGCUGCAUAUUGAGGGGGCAUUUUACUCCUGGAAAACGGUGCCAAGGUGUCGUCAAAAAAUGAAAAGGAACGCACACCGUUUCACAAUGCGGCCAAAUAUGGGAGACUGCGGAGGCAGCUUUCAUAUAUGCGUUUCAGAAAUCACAGGAAAACUGAAACACCCAUUCAGAAAUGAAAUUCCCAGCCUUGUUUGUAUAUUUUCAACUAGCAUAGCUCGCCACCUGCUCGAACAUGUCCCCAGUCUAGUCUCCGAGCGUGACGAAGACGGCAGUUCGGCGAUUCAUCUCGCCGCGGCCAGCGGACAUGUUGCAUUGCUAGAACUGCUCCUCAAUGCAGGUGCCGCAGUGGACUGUCGGAACUGCAUGCAGUGGACGCCGUUAGAUUGUGCUGCAGCCAGUGGACAUCGAGGCUGUGUGGAGUUUCUCCUGGAAAACAACUCGCCAGUUGAUCCGGUAGACAUUAAUCACCAUGCCAUGCCACCAGAAAGAAGCACGAGGGCCAGGUUGCUCAAGCCUAGAGAGGGGAAGUCGAGGGGCGGGGGUCGGGUUCGAGCACGAGGGCUGGGAUACUGCCAGGUCGCCCAAGCCUGCACAGGAGAAGUCGAGAUGCAGAGGUCGGGUUUAAACCACGGACUUUUCGAGUGGGGAAAAACCGAGGAGUACAAAAUCACUCCAUUAUAUCUGGCAUGUAAACAUGGUCAUGAAUCGGUUGUCCAACUACUACUGCAAUGGGGAGCUGAUCCGGGACUCAGAAAGCUGAUCGAUGAAGCUAUGCCAGACUGUGGACCGAAUGCGCUGGACGUUGCGAUUGCGAACGGGCACAAAAUGUACAAGGGGACAACAGCAGGGCAGGCCAAGCUCCAAGGUCGCGUGGUCGUCGAUCAAUCAGAACACAGGAUAACAGAGCAACCAACGGAAUCACCCGACCGAACAACCAAUCGUGAUCAAAAAACUAAAACACUCAGCUGUAGCACCCUUUCGGUGCAUAGCUGCCAUGCCACCCAAAGGAGGCACGAGGGCUGGUAUAGUGCCAGGCUGACCAAUCCUAGACAAAGGAAGUCGAGAGGUAGGAGUCGGGUUCGAACCACGGACCUUCCGGGCAAGCUUGCGCUCGCACACUACUACAAAGCUCAAUGUGGAAAAACGCUUUGCGAAAUCAGACUAUUGGGCCGGAUGGUGUUAUUCAGACACCGAUGCCAAAUGCCCUACUUUUAUCGAUCGGCUGGCCAGCCCGACAGGACCUCCCAAUCCGGUAGCAACACGGAAGCUACUAGACAAUUUUUCAUUCGUUCUCGAAAUUGGGCAAACUACUUCUAUCGUUCAAAGGUGAAAACUUCCGCCCACUCAGACGUGUGCGCUGGCGGAGUGCGAAUAACACGUUCCUCCAAUCAAUGGAAAGGGAAGUGCAGACUGAUGCAAGUCGAAGAUGGUGUAAGCUGUUUGUCGUUCAUUGCAGACUUGGCCGAAUACGUUCUGGAUCGGUGCAUUACAACAUCGGUCAGUCAGAACGUGGAAUGGCACAAUUUCGAAUUCAUCGAGGACACCUACGCACAUUGGUGUAAACAAGUCAUCUGGCGAGAACACAAGUCAAGUUUGGCCACAUCGCCUGUGGAGUUUGUGAGCGGAAAAAUUCUACAGGCUAACAAGUGGGAUGUCCAGCUGCAGAAUAUAUCAAGUCCGACAAAAUUGAGAAAUCGCACCUCCGUUGAUGACAUCAUACGUUUGGAGCCGAACCGUCCCUAUACAAAAGACAGCAGUGUAUUGAAGAGCAACCAUCCUCUGAUGCUGAUGGCUAUCUUAGCCUGCAGUGCAUCAUCACAUCGCUCAAGUGUGAACACGUUCGCCUGUUCAGACGUGAUAAUUCAGAUGCGUCCAACGUGCGUUGGUGGAAUAGUGGUUGCACGCUCGCAUCUCAUUGCUUCCCUUUGGUGUGGACUCACCGGAAUAAUUACGCCAGAACAGGUGGAUGACCGUUCAAACAAGAGUGGUGUGAGUAUGAACAAAACACCAAUCCCGCAAAACUCCAACGUCAUGUACAAUCGACCUCGCUUACUCGAGCAUCGUCUCGUCACCUCAUUGAUGAACCAGAAAUGGAUGCGUACAAGCCUGGUCUACCACGCGAAUUUGUUCGUCUACAUACUGUACCUCGCAUUCUAUUCGGUUUACAUGUUGAACAUACACUCCGUUGAUGCCCAAAUAUAUGCUAAAAAUGCAAACACGUCACGGCUGACUUCACAAACAUUUUGCCGUCGAAUCUCAACCCCAGGGGCCUUGGCAUCAACCAAAACGAGUUACUUGCUCGCUUCAAAGUAUGCAGUGCUCUGCUUUGCGCUGCUGAAUCUGGGAAAAGAACUGUUCCAAUUUAUGUUCAGUGGAUAUCGUUAUUUGACCUUGGAGAAUCUAAUGGAAUGUGGUAUCUUCACUUUGGCCAUUCUGUCGGUGGUCGACACGGAUGACUGCCUCCGAAGCAUGGGCCUGAAGAAGAGUUGGCAGUGGCAGUGUGGAGCGGUCGGGAUAUUUUUCGCUUGGCUCAAUCUACUGUUGUUUCUCCGUCGAAUACCGACCCUGGGUAUCUUCGUCCUCAUGUUCACCGUCGUCAUGCGUACCUUCACAAAAUUUUUUGUCGUAUUCUUUCUAUUCAUCUUCGCUUUCGCAUUCGGAUUUCACAUACUGUUGUUCAAUCAUGUCCCAUUCAAUUCUUUGGGCAAUUCAUUCCUUAAAACUACGGUGAUGAUGCUGGGCGAGCUGGAAUUUGAUGCGACCUUUAACCAACAGUUCAGUUCGACGGAGAGCAGUGAUGCGAUCUUCUUCGGCAGCCUCACCUACGCGCUGUUUCUCACAUUUCUCAUUGUGAUGACGAUUGUGAUAAUGAAUCUGCUAGUCGGUCUGGCCGUGGACGACAUCAAAGGCGUUCAGAAUCAGGCUUCAGUGAAGCGGUUGGCCAUGCAGAUUCAACUGAUUUUGGAUAUUGAAUCCAUUUUGCCUCACUGGCUGCGUAAAAGAUUCAACACCACACAUGUGACGCUGGUCCACGGACGGAACAUCAAGCGCGCCUCUUCUAAACUGAGUCGGUGGUUGUCACGCCUGAGAAAAAAUCUGGGUGAUGAAUUGGGGCCACUGCAAGCGGGCACAAACGAAGAAGUAGAGGAGACACAUAACAUCCGUUCCACACUGGAGAGCGUUAACGACCGUAUUGUUCAGAUCGAAUCCAAACAAGACACAAUGCUUGCAGUGUUGAACCGUUUGACCAGUAUCCUGGAGCAUGAGCAAGACGGGACCAGUGCAGUUACGCUAUCGUCACGGCAACCGAAUGGAUCUUUCCGCGCUGAUGAAUCGGAAAGGCGACAGAGAUCUUCGUCCAUUUUACGACUCAGAUAA